AUGUUUCGCAGUACACAAGGCUGCUGGACCUGUCGUCUAAGACAUAAGAAAUGCGACGAAACACACCCAUUUUGUCAGGUUUGUACCUCGCGAGAUAUCCAGUGCGACGGGUACAACGAGAAACCUGCGUGGUUGGACGGCGGGCUGAGGGAGCAACAGUACCGCGCCGAGAUCAAGCAGGCUGUCAAGAGGAAUUUCAAGUUGAAGAAACGAGGAGUUUCAAACUUUUCUACCGUGGCUGAAGGGAAUUCUGCCGCCAACUCGCGAGAGGAAGGUGGACCGGUCUCAUCUUCUACUCCAGGGCCUCAGAGGCAGUCUACCGUCUCGGUAUCGCGGCAGAGACCCAACCUCCCUGGGGCACCAGCUUCAACUCCGGACAUCAUCACGCAGCUGACUCCUUUGUCAGACACUCCCACGUCGCUUGCCAGAUUUCCGAACGAGCAGGCUCAGACAUCCGAGUUGGUUGGCCGCAGAGUCACGAACUACCGCGAUGCUGAGCUGGUGAUGCAUUAUUUCGAUCACGUCUUCCCUCUUCAGUUCCGGUUUCACACACAGGAUCUCAACGGUGGAGGUCGCGGCUGGUUGCUUUGGCUGCUGGUCAAGUCGGGUCCCUUGUAUCAUGCGACGCUGAGUCUUAGUGCCCUGCACCAAUUCACUCUGCGGUUCCAUAAUCAAGGCGACAAGUACGCCGAACUGAAGGAAUAUCACACCACCGCCCUACGGGACCUACAGCUGUUCUUACAGCACACCCAAGAAAGUGGAGGCUUAGAUGAAAGAUCACGGCAGAUUGAAGUUUUGGCUUGUGGCGUUUCUCUAAUCAGCUUUGAGCUGUUCCGUGGUGGUGUGAGUGAUUGGCAGCCUCAUCUGAAUGCACUCGCAUCAAUUGUGGCGGCUCUCGAGAACGAUCCGGCGAACUCGAGACAAAUAGAAGGGGAAACAUCAUUUCAGCAAGCAGGAGGGUCGAUGCAGAUGGAAGAUGCCGCUUUGCCUUUCCUCAUUGCUGUCGUGUUGUGGUUCGACUUGGUUUCUUGUGCAUCUACAGGUUCAGCACCUCGCCUUUCCUACACCUCUUUGAUGGUAGACCACAAAAUUGAUCUGGCGGGAGUCAUGGGGUGCCAGAACUGGGCCAUGGCCGCAAUUGGUGAUCUCGCAUGGCUCAAUGCCUGGAAGAAAUUUGCUCAACAAUCUGGUGCAUUGAAUAUCCGAGAACUCGUCGUUCGAGGGCGAAGGGUGGAAGAAAAACUCGGGCAUGGCCUAGCCAUGCUUGAUUCGCAGAACCACUUCGAGUUGGCAAUUGUGUCCAGGACGAGUUCUGGACGGUAUCCGAACUUCUCUUGCUCUUACAUUUCGAUCGUCGUGACCAGGGUUUUUGCCUGUGCUGCACUUGUGCAAUUGCGCACGAUAGUGUCAGGAUCAUUUCCGGACCUACCAGAGGUAUGUCAUGCAGUAGACAGAACAAUCUCUGCACUGCAACAAGUCAAAGAUCCCCAAGACAUGCGUGGUCUAAUAUGGCCAAUUUGCAUAUCUGGCUGUAUGGCAGGACCUUCUCGACAAUCAUUUUUCGAAAGCCUGAUCAAGUCCGUCCUCGGAAACGGCCAACAGGAUUUCGGAAAUUCCGCCACAAUUCUUCGAGUGAUGAAGAAAUGUUGGGAAUCGCGACUGAUGGAUCCCAGUCAAGAAUGGGAUUGGGCAAGAGCAAUGGCCGAAAUGGGCAUUUGUGGCCUCCUUGUCUGA